AUGAAGAAAGCAGAAGUGGUGUUUAUCCCUUUUCCUGCUCCGAGCCAUCUAGUUUCCACCCUCGAGUUUGCGAAGCUUCUAAUCAACCAUGAUAACCGUCUCCGGAUAACCAUUUUAAUCAUGAAAUUCCCACACUUCACAGAAACUGAUGUCUACAUUAAAUCACUUCCCAUCUCCGAUUCUCUCAACUUCAUUAACCUUCCAGAAUGUUCUCUUCCACCAAAUACCAAUCCAAGAUCUGCCUUUGGUGCUCUCUUUGAAGCUCAAAAACCACAUGUCAGACAGGCUGUAUCUGAUCUCACUACUGGAGAACAGCAUGGUCCCAUCGCUGCCUUAGUUGUAGACAUGUUCUGCACCAGCAUGAUUGAUAUUGCCAAAGAAUUUUCUCUUCCUACGCUUGUCUUCUUCACUUCCGGUGUUGCUUCCCUUGGUUUGAAUCUUUAUCUUCACACUCUCUGUGAACGAGAUAACGUUGCUCCAACUCAGUUGCAGCAGCAGGCUGAGUUGGCAAUCCCGACUUUUGCCAACUUGGUUCCUUCAACCUCGUUGCCUGGUUCCGUGCUAAGCAAGGAAGCAGAAUCGUUUUUCAUGAACAAUGUCGGAGGCCUCAAGAAUGCCGAUGGAAUUAUAGUAAAUUCAUUUGAAGAGCUAGAAUCACAUGCGGUUCACUCCUUUUCCUCUCAUCCUGAAUUGUCUAGUUUACCAAUUAUAUAUCCGAUAGGACCUAUAUUAGCUCCUGAGCCCAAAACCAAGAGCAUCGUUGAACCUGAUGAUAUCAUCAAGUGGCUUGAUGAUCAACCACCUUCCUCAGUAGUUUUCUUCUGCUUUGGGACUCGCGGUUCUUUCGAUGAGGAUCAGGUUAAGGAGAUUGCACAUGCUAUUGAGAACAGCGGGGCUCGCUUCGUGUGGUCUUUGCGCAAACCCCAACCUAAAGGAGCCAUGGCUCCGCCCACUGAUUACUCUCUUUCUGAUUUGAGUUUGGUUUUGCCGGAAGGGUUCUUAGAUCGGACGAGAGGGGUUGGAAGGGUCAUUGGAUGGGCCCCGCAGACCCAAAUACUGGCCCACCCAGCUACGGGAGGAUUUGUUUCACAUUGUGGCUGGAAUUCAACACUCGAGAGCAUAUAUUUUGGUGUUCCAAUUGCCACAUGGCCGCUCUUUGCUGAACAACAGACUAAUGCUUUCCAAUUGGUCGUUGAGCUGAAGGCGGCUGUGGAGAUUGCGUUAGAUUAUAGAGUGGAGUUUAAUGAAGGACCUAACUAUCUUUUAACUGCCGAUAAGAUUGAAAGUGGAAUAAGGAGUGUGUUGGAUAAUGAUGAGGUAAGAAAGAAUGUGAAAGAGAUAAGUGAAAAGAGUAAAACGACUUUGUUAGAGGGUGGAUCUUCUUACACUUAUUUAGGUCGUUUGAUUGAUUAUAUUAUGAAUCAGGUGUAAAAUUAAAUUAUCCAUUUACGCACUUACAAAAUGUUCAGAGGUGCCUAAUUUUAAUGUCUAAAUGCCUCAAAUGAGAUUAACUUUAGUGGUAGGAAUCCUAUGAAAAAAAUGAGGAUAUACUCUUUGAUUGGUUAA